AAUUUUGACCGAUUAGACCUAGGUAGAAAACCUAGGGGUAAUUACGUGAUUCGAGAUAAAUGUCGGGCGAUCACGUUUUGAUAUUUUAUCGGAGGUGUGGGCCCGCCUUUGUUCGCCGUCUCUUUUUACCUCCCCGUCCUUCGCCGGUUACACAAAUACACCUUCUCUCUUCAUUCUUCAAAUUUUCUCCCUACAUAUACAUACAUAUACAUACACGCACUCACGCAUAUAUAUAGAGAUAUAUGUAAAUUGAGAAGAUCUGCAACAAAUACUUCCACCAUUUCACCGUUGUCGCGGCGGCGGCCGUAUUUCAACUCCUCCUCCGGCGUGUUUCAUAAUGUCUGAGAUAGCUCUGAGAGAUGUCAAUAAAAUACCCGAGUCUGAGAAGAUGAACGAGAGCUCCAGUAAUGGAAAAUUUACAAACGCCGAAGAAGGCCAAAAGAAAGGAACUACCUCACUGGUUAGUGGGCCCGUUAAGACGGAUGAAAUGGAAAAUUCUGGAGAAGUGCUGGCAAAUUCAGAAGUGGAGUACAUUGAAUCCGAGGAUUUGGAGGAUGUAGAACACGUUGAGGAUUGUCUGAAGACGCUUUUAUCGGGACUGGGCUCCAAAGACUGGAUUUCAGUGUGUGAUGCACUCAACAAUGUACGCAGAUUGUCCGUCUUUCACAAGGAAGCUAUCAUUAGUAUGAUGGCUGAUGUGAUCUCCUUAAUCGUGAAAUCCUUAAAGAAUCCAAGAAGCGCUGUCUGUAAAACUGCAAUUAUGACUUGUGCCGACAUUUUCAAAGCGUAUAACGAUGACACCAUUGAUUCAGUCGAUCCACUGCUUGUGCAACUUCUCCUCAAAUCUUCGCAAGACAAGAAAUUUGUACGCGAGGCAGCUGAGAGCGCAUUAAUAGCCCUGACUAGCUCGGUUUCUCCUCUUUUAUUGUUGCCAAAGUUGCAACCUCAUAUUAAAAACAAGAAUCCUCGAAUUCGAGCCAAGGCUUCUUCGUGCAUUUCUAGGUGUGUACCACGAAUGGGAGUUGAAGGAAUUGAAGCAUUUGGUAUAGAAAAACUGAUUCAAAUAGGAGCAUCACAGCUUAGUGACCAACUUCCAGAGUCGAGAGAUUCGGCUCGUACUUUGUUGCUGGACUUGCAAUCUGUGUACGAAAAAUCUCAUGUCCUAAAACAAAAUAUUGUUUCCGAUGAACCUGUAAUAACAGCAUCUUGGGAGCAUUUCUGCCAAUCGAAGCUUUCACCGUUAAGUGCUCAAGCUGUUCUUCGUGUUACAAAUACUGCUCGAGAGGGUCUUGUUAUAGACUCGUAGCAUAAAUGCGGUAUUUUUUUUUCAUUUUUUUUUUUAAUUUUUCCUUUUGAUCUUUUCCCCUGUCAAGGUCAGAUUUGAGAGUACAUAAUUGUUAUACGAUGAAAGUUUGAGGUUUUCGGGGAGACGGUUAAAUCUGGUAUUGAUCUAUAGAUCCUAUAAUAUAGGAUAAUAUGUGACCAUUUUUUGCUGCUAGUUUGUGGCAAAGUAAAAAUAUAUGACAUUUUUACUUCGUGGCGUGCUCUUUUAUUUUUU